AUUUAUUUAGUUUUUCGUACACAACAGAAUCGCAAUCAAGAUAAUUUCAAGGCUUAUAAGUUAUUGAUAUAACUAUCAAUGAUGAUUUUAGAGAGAUUGUUAGAAUCUGCUCAUUACAUGUCAUCGUCAUAGGUCCUUAAAAAUGGUAGUGCGUACGCUAAGUGUCGACACAGUUUCUUGUUUCCAAUUUCAUUUAGAAGAUUUAAGAUGUGGUACGCGGCUUUAGUAAGGUUUAUUCGACGAAGGCUCGUCUUAGGAAUAAUAUUUGCAUCCUCACUGACAUACUGCAUCGUCAGUUUUUGGAGAGAGGGUGGAAGCAGGAACAUGGGAUACCAGGACAUCAUGAUUGAGAGGAAGCCGUUUGUUUGGCGAACACUACAGGAGCACAAUGAUACAGCAGAUAACAUUGUGUGUAGGAACUCGGUGCAGGGGAAAACAUUCAUAGUCGAUGACAGAGGUUAUGUCUGCAAAAGAAACCACAUGAACAAGAAUGGCUGCUGUGAGCCUGAUGCGGAGUCGACCAAGAGAUACGGCUGCGACAGCUGCAAAGAGAACCAUUGCUGUAUUAUAUACGAGUUCUGCGUCUCAUGUUGCUUGGAUCCGAGCAAGAGAGACAUGUUAGAGCUGGUGCUAUCAAAACUGUCAGCGGAAGAAAAUGUGUUAUUCCGUUCACUAUCAGAUGACUACGAGUUGUGCCUGACCAAGUGCCGGACCAGUUCCCACAGUGUGCAACAUGAAAACUCCUACAAGGACCCAACACACAAGCACUGUUUCGGAGACGAGCCCCCGGGGACCAGAAGCCCUGAUUAACAGUUGGUUAGCUUUAUGGUGGUUCAAUUUGCUGUAUUUUACUCGUGAGGAUUUUCAACUGGGGUUUUGGGCAGUGCAAUAACAUAAACCAACAAACAAGAUAGCAAAGCUCAUUCUUACUGUUUAACUGCACGCGGCAGCGGCUGGUCCAUACAAGCCGAUUCCCUCUGGCUUGCCUAAAAUUGAUUACUAGUAAAGUACCUAAUUUUAAGGUAGGUUUCUUUUAACUGUGUUGCCUACAAGAAAUUUUCACCAGCCGCCACUGCUACACAGAGAGUCUGAAAUAAAGCUAUGGGAACGGAUUAUAUCGCGUACAAUAUAAAUUAUGAAUUAGUUUAUAAUAUAAUUCGACGAUCAAUCCUUUUACAAUGUUUAUGGAAACAAGGUAUUCAAUCAUUAUGCAGAAUAUAAUCUGUUUCCAUGUUUUAUUUCACGAGUAACUAUUGCUGUAAUAGAUGACAAUAUUGAAACAGUUCUUAUAAAGAAGUGUGUAUAAUAAGCUUUGAUUUGACCUAUAUGGAUGGGUAUAAUAGACCCUAAAUUGAUGUGGCUUAUCUAGCAUACCUAGCCCUUACAAAUGCCAACCCUUUCAUUUCCUUGAAAAGUAGAGGCCUUGAAUGUGUUCAGAAACAUUGUCUGUAAAGCAAGGACGAUUUAAUACUGGACUGACAAAGCCCAUACAAAAAAGCGUACCCCUGAAAUGUAUGGGCCUUUUAGGCUUAAAACUAGAUGGCGCUG